AUGAAACUCCUAUACCCCACCUCCGUCAAGCUCGACGUACAGAGCCUCCAAGGCUUCUCAGUCUCUCUCCACCCUUACGACGUCAAGACACCUAUUCCAGAGGAUCUCAUUGACGCUGAAAUCCUAGUUACCUGGGCCAAUGCCGGCGAUAACCUGAAAGAUGCCGCACAGCGCAUGAAGAACGUGAAGUGGAUCCAGUCCCUUGCCGCAGGCCCGAACGAUGUCUUCGCCGCAGGAUUCGACCGCUCCAAAGUUAUCGUCACCACAGGUGUCGGCCUCCACGAUGGUCCUGUCGCCGAACACGCCCUCGGUCUACUUUUGAGCGGCGCGCGUCGAUUCCACGAAAUGCGCGACUACCAGCUACAAUCUAAGUGGCCUGGUCACCUGGGCGGAUCUUUCCCUCGAAGCGAUUUCACGACUCUACGUAACUCACGUGUCCUUAUCUGGGGGUUUGGUAGCAUUGCGAAGAAGCUUGCGCCUUACUUGACUGGACUUGGUGCUGAAGUUAAGGGUAUUGCUCGUAGCCAUGGUGUGCGCAAUGGUGUGGAGGUUUUCGGGGAAGAUAAGCUUUCCGAGUUGUUACCCGAGACCGAUGCGCUGGUUAUGAUUCUGCCUGGAUCCGAGUCCACGAACAAUGCUUUGAAUGCUGAGCGCAUCAAGUUGCUGCCAAAGCAUGCUUGGCUUGUCAAUGUUGGUCGCGGAACUUCGGUUGAUGAGGAUGCAUUGGCGGAUGCUUUGGAGAAGGGUGAGCUUGCGGGUGCUGCGCUCGAUGUGUUUAAGACUGAGCCGCUUCCUGAGUCGAGUCGUUUGUGGAAGACUCCUAACCUUAUUGUGUCGCCUCAUGCUGCUGGUGGAAGACCUGAGGGGUGCACUGAGCUGAUUGCGGAUAAUCUGCGUCGCUACUUGGCUGGCCAGCAGCUGAAGAAUGUUAUCUGA